AUGUGGCUGAGGGCGGCAAGCACGGCCUCUCGGGGCCGCGCGGCCCUGUCCAUGUCCAACGUCGACGGCCCAGAUGCCCCGACGAGGCGCCCCGAGCCGAGCACGUGGGGCGUCGGUGCGCUGCUGGCCGUCUGCGACCACCUCGAGCUGGUGGCGCGUCUGGUCCGGGGCCAGGCCGCCGCGCAGGGCGGGGGCGAGGGCGGGGAGCUGGGGGAGCUCCUCGCCGCGCUCUCCAGGAGCCGUGCCGCCCUCGGGGAGCCUCCGCCCGGGGUCGGACGAGUGGCAGCGCCAGGGCGCAGAGGCCACGGAGGAGAAGGCGUGGCCGUGGCACAGCUCGACGCCGAGCGGCGCCUCCGAAGCCAGCUUCGCCGUGCCCAGCUCCGCGGCGCAGCACGGAGGAGAGGUCGAGGGGCAGACCGCUGGCGUCGGCGAGGGUGUCUUCGGGGCAAGGCCUCGCAUGCAGUCGCCCGAGGUGCCGAAGGGGAAGAGGUCUAG